AAAGUACAACAUUUACGUUUGGCAUCUUCGACGACAUGAUCGUUUUAAUCCUAAUAUCGGCCACUGUUGUGGCCCUCUCAAUACUUUACUUCAUUGCCAAUAGAAAAUUAAAUUACUGGGAAAAAAGAGGAGUACCCUUCGAGAAACCGGUACCUAUAUUUGGAAAUUUUGCGGGAUAUAUUUUAUUGAAGGCGUACUGGGGCACAGCAGCCCAAAAAUUAUGCAAAAAGUUUAAAAAAGAACCGUAUUUCGGAGUUUACUAUGGUACCGAGCCUGCCUUAGUAGUACAAGACCCCGAGCUGAUCAAGCUCAUCACAACUAAAGAUUUCUACUACUUUAGCAGCCGAGAGAUAUCCAACUACACACAUUUAGAAACAAUGACCCAAAACCUGUUCUUCACUCAAGGCGACCGAUGGAAGGUGCUUCGACAGAAUCUCACACCACUUUUCUCGUCGUCCAAGAUGAAGAACAUGUUUCAUUUAGUUGAGAAGUGUUCGAAGAUGUUUGAAACUCUGCUUGACGAAGAAACCAAAAAGUGUCCAGACCUUGAUGUCAGAGCGACAUCAGUGCGGUUUGCUAUGGACAGUAUUACUUCCUGCGCCUUUGGAGUCGACAGCAAUGUUAUGGGAAAAAAUUCAGAUAACAAUCCUUUCAAGAUCAUGGGUGAUCUGAUCUUCGAAUUAACAAACUACCGAGGAUUCAAGAUUGUAGCACGCGCUAUUUGGCCUUAUGUGUUUUAUGGCUUAGGAUUCAAGACAUUCCCUGACGAACUAGACACAUUCUUCAACAAACUUCUCUCCGAUGUAUUCAAAGAUCGAAACUACAAGCCUUCCGCAAGGAACGACUUUGUUGAUCUGAUGCUAAACUUAAAAGGAAAUAAGUACUUGUCUGGAGAUAGUAUGAGUAAUGUAAAGUCGGAGUCCGAAAAAAAAGAGCGGAUAAACUUAGAAGUGACCGACUAGUUGCUGAUUGCUCAAUGCAUAGUAUUUUUCGCCGCUGGUUUUGAAACUAGUGCAUCUGUUAUGUGCUUUACAUUGUACGAAUUAGCUAAAAAUCCUGACAAACAACCAAGAUUGUUCGAGGAGGUGGAUGCAUAUUUGAAGAAAACUGGUGGUAAAGUUACUUAUGAGUGCCUGACUGAGUUACCGUAUUUGGAAGCGUGUGUGAACGAAGCGAUGAGGCUGUACCCUGUACUAGGAGUGCUGGCUCGCGAGGUGGUGGAACCCUACACCCUGCCUUCAGGUCUGGUGCUGGAAAAGGGAAUGCGCAUUCAUCUGCCCGUGUACCACUUGCACCAUAACGAAGACCUGUUCCCGGAGCCUGAGAAAUACCGACCAGAAAGGUUCAUGGCUGAAGAGAAGAAAAAUAUUGUUCCCUAUUCAUACAUGCCUUUUGGAGAGGGACCUAGAAUCUGUAUUGGAAUGCGUUUUGCACGUAUGCAAAUGAUGGCCGGUAUGGUGACCCUGCUGAAGAAGUAUAGCCUGCGUUUAGCGCCAGGCAUGCCACGCGAGGUGGAGUUCGAACCUAGAACCUUCGUCACGCAGGCAAAGGACCCCAUUAGGCUCACGCUCACUCCACGCCCCGGGCCGGAGAGGAUGUUUGCGAAUCUUUAAUAAUAUAUUUAUAUAACCUUUAAAACUUUUAUGUUAUGAAAACAUAUUAAAACAUAAUUUAGGGGUCUAUCGCGAAUUAAUUUUGUUACAUUUAUACAGUAAUUAAUAUGUGUGGGUGGUUUAAAUGUUUACUCUCAACUUUUUCAUAGAUCGUCCGAUGAUACACACAUCCUCUAUCUGCGGCGAAAUGUGGAAGAAAAAGUUAGCAAAAUUAAUUUACGAGAGACUUGACAAAAAUAUGUUUAAGCAAAUAUUAUUUAUAUACAUCAAUUCUCGAAAGUUUUUACACCAUGGUGGGUGCUGUUUGUGCGCUCGGUCGAUAGGGCAGAUGCCGCAUCCACUCAGAGUAGGUACCCCUUAUACUUGAUUAAAUCUCUACGGGUUGGCUACAGCUUCGUGCUCGUUUCUCAGAUGUCCGGGGUACCAUUGUCCCAUGUACGGAAAAUAUAUAAAUGUCCCAUAUUAUUUUGAACUAUAUACUUUGGCGAUAAUAUUCAAAACUAAUAAAAACCUCUAGGUAAGGUCGAAAGGAAGUAGUUGUUAAGAUCCCAGCACCUCCACCAACUUUUUUCAUGUAAAAGGAUUGGGUACUUUGUCACAUGUUGAAUAUUAUGACAAAAUUUAGCUAAAUGGAUAGAAAAUGAGCCAUCCAUUAUACAAGAGUAGAAUUUUAAAAAAUAUAUUGAGAUAAUAAAAACAUAGAAGACUCCAGUCUCAAAAAAAAUUAUUUUUAACAUUCAAAAAGAAAAAAAGAAAUAGUACCAUUUGAUUCCUAACACUUUAUCGAAAAAUAAAUUGUAUGACAACUAUAUACAUAAACGCAACAUUUCAGGGCCAAAAUGUCAAUUUUUUUGAUCUUCCAAACAUUUAGGAGAGACUAAUGUAAUGUGAAUGUCAAUAUCAUUGAGAGCCGUUUCAAUCGUCGAGUGCAAGCGUCAUACUUUAACUCUCAUUUCUGACCUUUAUGUUGCUUAAAUGCCUUAAAUGCCAUGAGUCCUAUAUAGAUAUUUGAUCCUCAGGAAAAUUACGAUCGAUUGACAUUAUUUACAAAAAACUGUCAAGUAGCCAAUUCGCGAACUUAUUCAUUACAAUCAUCUUUGUUCACGAUGCCAUGCAAAAGUUCUCUCAUAUUUUUUGUUAGGGCUUUAGAAGAUUACAAUUUUAUAAGCUUAGCUUGAAGUUGUGAAAUGUUUUUGAAGUUGAUUGCCGAUUUUAUUUAAGAGGGUAAUAACGCGCGUGUAAAAAGUAGCCGUUACGGGCAAACGCAACGGAGCCACGUCGUUUUAUCGCUAAUUUUAGUUAGUAAGGUAAACAACGUGAUUCGUUAGUUUAAAAGGCAUCUAUUAAUGAAUUAUGCUAAUAAAUGUAUAACUAAUU